AUGGCUAGUAGGAAAACGACUGCUAGACAGCCAGGCAUAUUGCGAGCGGAGGUGGAUAGCGUUGGAAAGCAGAUUGAGCAGCUAGGAAAGCAAAUCGAAGAGUUGAAGAAAAGGGGAGAGAUCGUAUCGCAGAAUAGAAUCUCACCCUUCACAAAUCGGAUUCUGUUGGAGGUGGUAGAUAGUAGCUUCCGGUUCCCGGAUCUACCCAAGUACGAUGGGAGCAAGGAUCCUAGGGAACAUGUUGCUGCAUUCGAUCUGGUCAUGAAUCUUUACGGCCAGACGGACCCGAUCAAAGCGAAGCUGUUUAUCACUACUCUGAAGGGCAAGGCUCAGGAAUGGUUCACGAGCCUAGGUAGUGGAACAAUUGAUUCUUACGAAUUCACGAGCCUAGGUAGUGGAACAAUUGAUUCUUACGAACAGUUAAUUCAUAAAUUUUCUUUUCAUUUUGCCAGCAAAAGAAAAGCGAAGAGGUCAGCCACCCACCUGUUCACGAUCAGACAGAGGGAGGAUGAAACCUUGAAGGCCUUCAUGGGACGAUUCAAUAACGAGGUGUUGGAGGUCCAGGAUUUAAGGAUCGACAUGAUGGUGAGCAUCUUAAUACAUGGUUUGCAGAAAGGCCCCUUCGCGUCAGCAUUGGCUCGAGACCCACUAAUGAGAACAGAGCAAUUAAUGGAAAUGGCUCAAAAAUACAUUGAUGAGGAAGAGAUGAAUGCUAUGAAGGACAACGAUUGGACAAGGGAUCCAGGACGAUCGAGAGGAGAACGAUUGCGAGAGGGCAAGCAACGAUCUGACAAGGAUUGCGAACGGAGAGGACCGUAUGUGCCUCGAUAUCACAAGUUCACCCCAUUGACAACUACUAGAGAGAGGGUGAUGACGAUGGUCGAGAAGGAGGGCUUCCUGUUCCAUAAAGACAAAGGGCAUAACACGGAGGAUUGCUACCAAUUGAGAGACGAGAUCGAAAGGCUGGUGAGGCAAGGUUAUUUUAAACAUCUGAUUGAUAGGAGAGCUGAAGCAGGUGAUCGCAGCAGGUCGCGAAGCCGUGAGCGACACCAGAAGGAUGAGGCAGGAAAGAGUACAGCUCGGGAUAAUCCACCCACGAAGGGUAUUAUCCAUACUAUAUCAGGUGGACCGAUGAAUGGAGAUUCAAUGAGGUCGAGGAAACAAUAUGCCAGAGAGAGCAGAUCCAGAUACGAACAACAAGUGAUGCACGUAGAAAAACAAGAAAAUAUAGUCUUUGGAGAUGAAGAUAUGAGUUCGGAUACACCUGACCAGAACGAUCCCAUGGUCAUAAAAAUGGACAUCGCCAACUACUAG